AUGAAUCCAUCUUUAGUAAAAGAAAACUUUAAUUAAAAUGAAGACGCAAAUCCUGCUCUUAAUAUAAACGAUAAAGGAGGUUUAAGUCCUUAAGAAUCAAUAAAUGAAUAGAUAAAAAUUUUUGUGAAAUGUCUUUAUAUAACUAUUAAUAUAGCGUUUAUUUGCAUUGUACUGGUGACAUUUAUUUUGAAUAAAGAUAAUCUUAAAAAUAUGUUCUUGAUUUUAGGUACUAUCACUUUAUUAAUAUGUAUGAUAGAUAUACUGCUUAUUAUAAAAGAGACCUUUUUACAUAACAUUUUGCAAUAGUUAUUGAUAGUUACAAAGUAGGCAGUGAUAAUCGCAUCGAUUCUUAUUUACCAUGACUAGGAGCACAAUUAGAGCAGAGCAACCAGAAUAUAAGAAAUGCUAUUUUUGUUUUCAUUUGUUGGUAUUGAAGUAUCAAGAAGAAUACAACUAAUUUCUUUUCCUUAUAUAAUAUACCUAUAGAUUAUCUUUUUUAUAAUAUAAGACUUUUGCACUGGAAUGGCAGUUUAUUUUGCUCUUUCAUGUUUAUUUAUUAUCGCCAUUACUAUCUUCCUCAACAAGAUUGAUUAAAAUAUUAACAGAUUGAUAUAUAGUAAAUCUUAUGGAGGUUAGAGCUAAGAUGCAACUUUAACUUCUAAUCACAAAAAUCUAAGUUACUUUAUGUCUUUUUAAUUUAAUUGUACUACUUAAGCAGCGAUGUAACCUAGCUCAUACUAAUUAAAUCCCUCAAUAAGAAAACUAGCUUCUUAGACAUAAUCUCACUACAUUCAUAGCGCUAACAUAAAUAAUAUGAUAGGUAGUGGCGGUAUUGUCUAGUAAAACAAUAGGAUUCAUCAAACAAGCAGCAACUUAAAUUUUUAAACACAAAGAUAAAAUAUAUAAAACCUCAAUAUUAUGAACGAGAAUUCUAUUUACUGUAAUUCACACAGAGUUAGUAAUAAUUUAAAUAACAAUAUUUAGUAAGAUUCUAUGAACAUUAAUAACCAUAGCUCAAAUAAUUUUUUUUUCAAUAAAAACUUACACAGUAGCAUUUAUUAAAAUUUGAAUUAGCAAUAGAAUUAGAUUAACAAAAACGGGACUACAAAUAAUCCUAAGAUUAUUUAAGCGACUUCUAGUAAGAACAGUUUUUAGUAAAGCAUAAGGAAAAACACUCGCAUGCUCAGCAAUUAAAAUGCUAAAGUCAGACUUGGUUAAAAAAAUAAAUUUAGUUCUCAGGUUGGGUUUGGGAUUAAUAUUUAAUGUCCUAAUUGUGGUAAUUUACAGGUUUAGACUAUAGAAGAUAGCAUAAUAUAGUAACAAAAUUUCAACUAAUCUCCCCAAAUGAUGAAAUCGAAUACAGUUAAGAAGCAAUCAACUUUGUCAAAAACAUAACUCUCUAUGAUCAAUGAUGAAAGUUUUUACUUCCCAGAAAUUAAAUAGCAAACAAUCUUCGAAGAGUAGAUUUCUAACAGCUAAUAGGGUCUCCCUAUUUAAAUUCCUAACUAUGAAAAAACUUUAAACUAAAUUUAAAAGCAAAUAAAUAUUCCAUUUCAAUAUCUUAUAAUCAGCUCUUAAGAAAAAAAGAUAGAAAUAGUUGAAACAAACAAUGAAGACACAAAAAAAUUUAUAAGCGAAAUGCACAUAGACGAACUAACCGUCUCGCUAGAAAAGUUUAUUAAAAUGUUCUUUGAUCCUAAAUAUAAAGAUAUUUUAAGUAAAAACUAUCACAUUUGUCAAAAUUAAAGAACAUCAACGAUAUACAAAAUGAUUAUCCAAGAUCAUAUCCAAUUUGAUAAUGGAUUUCUUCCUUCCCCUAAAAGUAAAGCUCAUCAUUUAUAAACUGCUGAAAACAACUUAAGUGAAAAUUUGAAUCUGUAAAGUCAAUUGUAAUAAUUGCAGUAGUAGCAACAACAACAUCACCUGAUCUAAUUAUUUCCUCAAUAGCCUGCAAUUUAAAAAAGAUCUAGUAAUCUGAGCUUAUCAAAAAUGAACUCGAUUGUCUAUUCUAUGAAUUAAAAUUAAAAUAUCUAAAAUCUAAAAUUUUUAUCGCAGAAUAUAGCAGUUUUUUAUUUUAUAGAAGUAACUGAUGUUUACAAGGAGAUUUAAGAAAACCUAAAUGAAAAUAAUACAGUAGACAAAGAAGGCUACAAAGAUGAUCUCUUAGCUACUGUUACUCACGAUUUGAAAAACCCUCUAAAUGGUAUGGUUUAAAUGCUUGAUUUAUGUGAAAAAGAAAUAAUUAAUUAAAAAGAUAUUACCUAAUAGAAUCAAUUAAAUUUAGAAAAAAUCAAGGAGUUUUUGAGUAUAGCCUAAAAAAAUACCCAGCUUCUUUUAUUUUUAGUGCAUGAUAUUUAAGAUUUUUAUCAGCACUCGAAGAGAAAACUUAGAUUAGUCAGCGAGCAAGUUAAAAUAGAUGAUUUAAUUAAUGAACUCAAUAGUUUAUUUCUUCCAUAAGUAAAAUUGAAAGGUAUUGAGCUCAUUUUCAUUUCAAAACUAUGCAAUGAUUACAUUUAUACAGAUGGAUUUAGAUUAAAAUAAAUUAUGAUCAAUCUUAUUAGCAAUGCAAUCAAAUAUACCUCAAGAGGUGGAGUGACUGUCUCUUUUUCUAAUACAAACAAGUAAGAGCUUUUUAAAAUAUCCAUUUCAGACACUGGCUCAGGUAUUCCAGAUAACAUUAAGAAUGAGCUUUUUAAGCUUUAUCAAACAUUUGACAAUAAAAAAGGUGAAAACCCGAGAGGAGUUGGCUUAGGUCUUGUUAUUAGUCAAAAACUUGUAUAAGAAAUGGGACCUAGCAAACAAUAAAUAUAGUUGAUUUCGGAAAAAGAUAAAGGCACUACUUUUUCAUUUGUUAUAUUUUUAAAUUUGUAAGAUAAACACAUUUACAAUUAUUGUGAUGCAAAUUCAGUGAUGAGCAUAAAGACUGAAGGAUGUAGUAUUGAAGACUAAGAACUAUAGCAUGAUUACAAAAACUAAGAAAAUCAAAAGAAACAAACAAAUUAAUUUUCGGAAGAAAGUGAGCAAGAGAACUACCUUUCUAAGAAUAUUUUAGAAAAUAUAUAAUUUGACACUAAAUAGUACAUAUCUCAUGCAAAUAUCCCUUUAGUUUCUGAUAGAUUUUAUAAUAUGAACGAUUUGAAGAGUCUAGGCAAUAAGAUCAAAUAAUUAAAUAGCCUUAUCUAAACUCCUAGUGGUAUUUUAUCCAACCAAAAAAACCGUUUCAAUUCUAGUUUUACAAAUAUAUCUUAAAAUUAUGAUGGGAUCCUUACAAAUAAUAACUAAAAUGACCAUUAGAUUAGCCAUAGCAGUCAGUAAAUCAGUUUAACUCCUAAAUCAAUUUACGAAAGUGAAAGAAAUAUCAAAACCAACUUUGAGUACAAAUUUAAAUAUAACAAGUCACCUUUUCGUAACAUAAGUAACCCAAACGAAUUAUCUCCUCCUCCUCCUCCUCUAGAAUAAGGCUAUAAAAUAUAAGGUAUUUUAUCUAAUAACCAAAAUUUAAAGAGUGGUUCAUAAUAUACAGGAAAUUCUAAAUCUUUUAUUAAAAAUUAAUUGACUAAUUCAUAAUAAAAUCAAAUUUAAGCUUUUCAAUCAGAAAUUAAUUAAUCAGAGUUGGUUCCUUCCUCAUCAAAAACACUUUAUAAUGCAAUAAUUGUUAAUGAAAAUCUGAAGCUAGCUGAUAAAAUUGAUUUUGAAAACAAUAUUCAAAAUAAUCAUCAAGUAUCUUAGUAAAAUUAGUAACUUUCGACAUAAAAUCUAUAAAAAAGCAGAACUCCGACUCAAAAGAGAUUAAAUUCAAAUGGAAACAUAAGCUCUAAUUUUACAACAACUCUCUAAAAUCCAAAACAAAACCACAAAAAAGCUGUUAGAAAAUUAAGUAGCUCAUACUACAUCAAUAAUAUUCCCCAAGACCAAAGCGCAUUGCAUAGUCCUUAAAUGGAGUAAAAUUCUAACGAGCAAUUCAUAGGAUAACUGAGAUAGCUAGGAGUAAAAAGUGUUCUUAUUGUUGACGAUGAACCUUUUAACAUUUAUGUGAUGCUCUAAACUUUAGAUUUUUUACAAAAAAAUGAAUUCCUUCUUGAAAAGGCGUACAACGGUAAAGAGGCUGCUGAUUUAGUUUAAAAUAGCCCUAACGGAUACCAGCUAAUAUUUAUAGAUUCAAAUAUGCCAGUGAUGAAAGGAACAGAAGCAAUACAAAUAAUAAAAGGUAUUAAUUAAGAAAUUAUUAUAGUAAUGAUAUCAGGUGAUUCUCGUCUGGAUGAAAUUUAAAAUGCUCAAUAAAGCGGGGCAGAUGGGUUUCUUUCUAAACCAGUAAAAUUGUAGCAUAUUAAAAAGGAAAUAAAUAAAAUUUUCAUGUAAUUGAAUUAAAAUAACCUUUAAAUAUAAAAUGUUAACUUUUCAAGCUAAAGUGAGCUUCUACUUUGA